GCCAUGAGGAGCAGGAGUAACUCGGGAGUCCGGCUGGACGGAUACGCCAGGCUGGUCCAGCAGACCAUCCUCUGCCACCAGAAUGCCGUGACGGGACUGCUUCCAGCCAGCUUCGAUCAGAAAGAUGCCUGGGUCCGAGACAACGUGUACAGCAUUUUGGCUGUGUGGGGACUGGGCCUGGCUUACCGGAAGAAUGCCGACCGUGAUGAGGACAAGGCGAAGGCCUAUGAACUGGAACAGAGUGUAGUGAAGCUGAUGAGAGGAUUGCUGCAGUGCAUGAUCAGACAGGUGGACAAAGUGGAGUCCUUCAAAUACAGUCAGAGCACCAAGGACAGUCUGCAUGCUAAGUACAACACCAAGACCUGUGCCACCGUGGUGGGAGAUGACCAGUGGGGACACCUCCAGUUAGACGCUACCUCUAUUUACCUUCUCUUCCUGGCCCAAAUGACCGCUUCAGGGCUCCAUAUCAUCCACAGCCUGGAUGAAGUGAACUUCAUACAGAACCUGGUGUUUUAUAUAGAAGCGGCUUACAAAACAGCUGACUUUGGGAUUUGGGAACGCGGAGACAAGACCAACCAGGGGAUCUCAGAGCUGAAUGCCAGCUCGGUUGGCAUGGCAAAGGCAGCACUGGAAGCUUUGGAUGAGCUGAACCUGUUUGGCGUGAAAGGCGGUCCUCAGUCAGUGAUCCACGUCCUGUCUGACGAAGUACAGCACUGCCAGUCCAUCCUUCACUCAAUCCUGCCCCGGGCUUCAACAUCCAAAGAGGUUGAUGCAAGUGUCCUAUCAGUCAUCUCUUUCCCGGCAUUCGCAGUAGAAGAUAUCCAGUUGGUGGAAAUAACCAAACAGGAAAUCGUAUCCAAGCUCCAGGGCCGUUAUGGCUGCUGCCGCUUUCUCCGAGAUGGGUACAAAACUCCUAAAGAGGAUCCUAAUCGUCUGUAUUAUGAACCUGCUGAACUGAAGCUGUUUGAGAACAUUGAGUGUGAAUGGCCCUUGUUUUGGACGUAUUUUAUCCUGGACGGGGUCUUCAGUGGCAACGCAGAGCAGGUUCAGGAGUACAGGGAGGCACUCGAAGGUGUUCUCAUCAAGGGCAAGAACGGACUUCACCUCUUACCAGAGCUCUACAGCGUUCCUCCGGAAAAGGUGGAUGAGGAGUAUCAGAACCCCCAUUCUGUGGAUCGAGUGCCCAAGGGCAAGCUCCCGCACAUGUGGGGUCAAUCCCUCUACAUCCUGGGGAGCCUGAUGGCCGAGGGAUUUCUAGCCCCCGGUGAAAUUGACCCCCUGAAUCGCAGAUUUUCGACCGUCCCCAAACCAGAUGUGGUGGUCCAAGUGUCCAUUCUAGCCGAGUCGGAGGAGAUCAAGGCCAUCUUGAAGAAGCACGACUUGGAGGUGGAGACGAUUGCGGAUGUGUAUCCCAUCCGGGUACAGCCGGCUCGAAUUCUCAGCCACAUUUACGCCAGCCUGGGCCGCAACAAUAGGAUGAACCUGAGCGGAAGACCUUACCGGAACAUGGGAGUCCUUGGGACGUCCAAACUGUACGACAUCCGAAAGACCAUCUUUGCCUUCACUCCACAGUUUAUAGACCAGCAGCAGUUCUACCUGGCGCUCGACAACAAGAUGAUCGUGGAGAUGCUCCGCACAGACCUCUCCUACCUCUGUAGCCGCUGGAGAAUGACCGGGCGGCCCACCAUCACCUUCCCAAUUUCCCACACCAUGCUUGAUAAAUCUGGAACUGCUUUAAAUUCAGCAGUCCUGGCUACCCUGAGGAAAAUGCAGGAUGGGUACUUUGGCGGGGCAAGGGUUCAAACAGGUAAGUUGUCGGAGUUCUUGACGACUUCCUGCUGUACACACCUGAGCUUCAUGGAUCCUGCGCAAGAGGGAAAGCUGUACGAUGACAACUUUGAGGACAACUACGGUGGCUUAGAUUCUGAGGACUGGCUGAAUGACUUUGACUCCAUUGAUAAAGCUCACUCUGGUGACGAAAUUGCUCGGUACUUAGAUCACCUUUUGGAACACACUGCUCCCAGGCCCAAACUGCCCCCCAAAGCCCAGAAGGGAGGGCUGAAUCGUUUCCGAGCUGCCGUGCAAACCACCCGUGACUUCAUGUCCUUGGUGACCCAGGCCAAGAACCUGCAUGUACAGAAUGUUCACAUGUAUCUUCCUACAAAGUUAUUUCAGGCUUCCCAGCCUUCGUUGAACUUACUGGAUUUCCCACAACCUGCUUCCACGGAUGAACAGGCUCCCUCUGUCCGUGUGGAAAUGCACCUUCCCAGAGACCAGUCUGGAGAAGUGGACUUCAGGGCUUUAGCCAAUCAGCUGCGAGAUUGCCCGAGUUUACAAGACCAGGCCGACAUCCUCUACAUGCUCUACGCCAUGAAGGGUCCCGACUGGGAUACCGAGAUCUACGACGAAGGGGGAGCCACGGUCAGAGAGCUCCUCGUUGAGCUGUACGGCAAGGUGGGAGACAGUCGCCAAUGGGGCCUGAUCCGCUACAUCUCUGGGAUCCUGAGGAAGAAGGUGGAAGCCCUUGAUGAGGCCUGCACCGACCUCCUUUCGCAUCAGAAGCACCUGACGGUGGGACUGCCUCCAGAGCCUCGUGAGAAGACCAUUUCGGCCCCCCUGCCCUACGAAGAGCUCACUCAACUGAUCGAUGAAGCCAGUGAGAACAACAUGAGGAUCUCAAUCCUUACGCAGGAGAUAAUGGUGUACCUGGCCAUGUAUAUGAGAACCCAGCCCACCCUGUUCGCCGAGAUGUUUCGGCUCCGGAUUGGUCUGAUCAUACAAGUUAUGGCCACGGAGCUGGCCCAGUCCCUCCGCUGCUCAGCUGAAGAAGCCACCGAGAGCCUGAUGAAUCUCAGCCCUUCGGCCAUGAAGAACCUUCUACAUCACAUUCUCAGUGGCAAAGAGUUUGGGGUGGAGAGAAGCGUGCAUCCCCUGGAUUCGUACACCAGUCCGGCCAUUUCCAUCCACGAGGUAGGUGCCGUAGGCGCCACGAAGACUGAGCGGACGGGCAUCAUGCAGCUGAAGAGCGAGAUAAAGCAGGUGGAAUUGCGGAGACUGUCUGUCUCGACUGAGAGUCAGCCCUGCGGCGGGCCGACUCUCAGUCUAGAUUCGACAUCCCCGGCUUUGCUGACACCAGGGAACUCCAUGACCCCCAGCGGCGGAUCCUUCGCGAGCGCCUACGGAGACCAGAUAGCCAAGGACAGUCGUCAGGGGCAGUGGCAACGGCGGAGGCGUUUGGAUGGAGCCCUCAACAGAGUCCCCGUUGGAUUUUAUCAAAAAGUCUGGAAGGUUUUGCAAAAGUGCCACGGGCUCUCUGUGGAAGGCUUCGUGCUGCCGUCUUCAACCACCAGAGAGAUGACCCCAGGGGAGAUCAAGUUCUCCGUUCACGUCGAGUCGGUUCUCAACCGGGUGCCUCAGCCGGAAUACCGGCAACUUCUGGUGGAAGCCAUCCUCGUCAUCACCAUGCUGGCGGACAUUGAAAUCCACAGCAUCGGGAGUAUUAUUGCCGUGGAAAAGAUCGUGCAUAUAGCCAAUGACUUGUUUCUGCAAGAACAGAAAACCCUCGGGGCCGACGACACCCUGUUGGCGAAGGAUCCCUCCUCGGGCAUCUGCGUUCUGCUGUAUGACAGUGCGCCCAGCGGCCGAUUCGGCACCAUGACCUACCUCUCCAAAGCCGCGGCCACCUACAUUCAGGAGUUCCUGCCCAACAGCACAUGUAGCAUGCAGUGAGGGCUGCCUUCCCAGGCUUCGAUGCUUUCUAGUACGACUCCCCAAGCGCCCUCCUCCCCGUCGACCCGGGUUGCUCGUCGGAAGGGCCUCCGAUCGGACGGUCUCGCCCGGACUGCACAUUCCUUUCUCGGAACAGAAGUUUUAUGGCCUGAGCACUUGCCCCCCACCCCGACCACUUCCUCCACCAGAAGACAGAACCCUUCUUCUCGAAUAGCUGCUCGUGAACACGGUUCUGCGGAGAAAGGUUCUCCAGGUGCCUAGAAAUGGACGGUGAAGCUAAGCGAUUCGUUGGUGGCCUUAUUUCUUCAGGUUGGCUUGGAAGUGGGUGUGUUUUUGUUUGAUUUUUUUUUUUUUUUUAAUCUAUUGCCAACUCACUUUUCCCAGCAUCAGAGCUCCUGUUCUGAAGCAGGAGCGGCUUUUAAUAUUAACUUAUUCUUAACUCCUUUCCCCCCAGCCUUGAGUGUGAUUUAGAAGUCUGUGAGCGUGUGUGUGUGUGUGAGUGAGUGAAGGGGGGUGUCCCUAAAGUGUCGAGUCUCCGAUUUGUUGGUUUUGGGGACGAGGUUUUGAAAAUUGAUAGCAACUCCAAGUGCCUGUUAUCGGAGGAGGAGUGGAAACGGCCCGACCUUCCAGCUUCCUUCUUUCCUUCCCUGCGGCCUUAUGCCAUCCUGAGGAAUGAGACUGUGACCUGCCCAUUCUGGAUUCAUUCCCACAAUCUUUUGGAAUUUGCAUGGCACACACCGCCUCUCCUCCGCUCUCCUCAACCCCCAACCCAGUGCCCGCAUACUUCCCCAUCUCUCUUUUCAGGAAAAUAUUCAACUAUGGCCAGUAUGGUUUUUUGAAGGCAUCUGUGCCUUACCUUGAAGCCUACAGCCCUUUUCUUGAGAACAAAAAAUACAGGGGCUUUCCCCUACAUGAAAGGAAAUGUGGUUUGUUUUGGUUUUUGGAUUUUUUUCCAGAACGAUGAGGCCCCCUCUAGAAAGACCCUAGUGAAUCUCCUUGCUUGUAGUGGGAUGAGAACAGGAUUCUGGGUGGUUGUGGGGUAUUUUUUUCUUUUUUUGGUCCAGUAAGCAGCUAGUAGCACCCUGGGGUGUGGAGUGAGUCAGGUUUUCUGAGAUUCCUCCCUUAAGCUCUGCCAUUGCUCCAAACCUUCCAGGGCCCAUUCAAUCAUUCUUCUAGACUGUGAGCCUGUUGUUGGGUAGGGACCGUCUCUAUACGUUGCCAACUUAUACUUCCCAAGCACUUAGUACAGCGCUCUGCACACAGUAAGCGCUCAAUAGAUACGAUUGAAUGAAUUCAUUAGUAUUUAUUGAGCGCCUGCUCAAUAAGCGAUUCGUUGUUGGCCUUAUUUCUUCAGGUUGGCUUGGAAGUGGGUGUGUGUUUUGUUUGAUUUAAAAAAAAAAAUCGAUUGCCAACUCACUUUUCCCAGCAUCAGAGCUCCUGUUCUGAAGCAGGAGCAGCUUUUAAUAUUAACUUAAAAGCCUGCUGUGUGCAGAACAGUGUACUAUUCAUUCAUUCACUCAUUGUACUAGGCACCUAAGCAUACAGUAAACCUGGAAGGACACCGUACCUGUCCUGGAGGAGCUUACGGUCUACACCCGUGGAAUGGCGUGCUGCUGGGGGAAACUACCACCUUGCAGUUGCCCGUGGGGCCUGCUGGUAGUUGUAAAGCCAGUAGCCCGAGGUGGAGGGAGGAGCGGUCCAUGGGGGCAUUUACCCCAGUUGACGGAUUCAAGCUAAUCACCCCUGUUGCACGGCCCUUUGGGCCAAAACUCCUGAAGCAGGGAUGGAGAAGAGGAGGCCGGGGUGAAGGACUUAGUACAGUCAAGCGCUUAGUACAGUGCUCUGCACAUAGUAAGCGCUCAAUAAAUACGAUUGAUGAUGAUGACUGAACCAACCCACCCGGCCCACGGGUGGCUUUUUCUAGUCCGCCCAACCUCAGCCGGUUCCGUUCCGAUCGGGCCAGGCUGCACGCUUACCUCCGUCAGAAGUAUUUACCACCACUCAGCGGUAUCGGGUGAGCCUUUAUUAAGUAAAACGACUUCCGUUCUGCACGGUAUCAGAAAGCUACUGCUUUCAUUAACCGACUCGCAGGACGGGAAGGCCACGUGGAUACGGUUAGGUAGUUUUCGGACUGGCAGUAGGCUUGCCUCUGAACAAACUCGGCUUACAAGUAGCGGAGCUCGCAAUUUCCCUGGGCUAGUUGGUAGUUCUGUGAUCUCUGCGGACCCUCUGAAUGGAGUGAAAAUUCCCCCCCUUUUUUUUGGUCCCGUGUUUGGCUAUGCAGUAGUGUAGCUGGAACAAAGGUGGGCUUUUCUGAUGUAGUUUGCAGGUGGAAAAAGCCACUAACCUGUCAUCGUACUGACACUGGUCUCUGCAUUGCUCGAGUUUCCCUCAUUUGCACUUCGACCGCGAGGCCUCCAUGAAGCACUAUUUAGCCGUCCAUCUUUUAAUGUCACUUCCUAAAAUCCAGUGUGUGUGUGUAGUUUGAAGUGUGUGGAGCUGAAAGCGCAUGUAGUUUGUGCUGCUUUUUAAAAAAGUUGAAUAUAUUUUGAAGGGUGGAAACAAAAUAAAACGGUUGCGUUAUGUCUGUCUUGUUAA